AUGAGGGGAUUCCAUCUGUUCCAGAUCAUAGUCGAGCCCACUGCACAACUACAGGCCUAUAUCGGGUGGGACCCGCCCUCCCGACUCAACUUCGCCGCAUUCAGGGGCAGGUGCACUUCCUUUCUGCGCAGCUGGAUUGCCUACGUGGGGUGGGACCCACCCUCACGACUCAUCAUAGUGGCAUUCAGAGGCACCUGCACCUCGUCUCUGCGCAACUGGAUCGCUGAUCUCGAGGCCCUCCCGCGCUCCCUCUCCUACCCCGGUCUGCGCCACGCCCGUGUGCACCGCGGCUUCUACUCGGCCUACCACUUCACACGCCUGCGCCCCGCCGUUGUUCACGCGGUGCUGUUCCUCAUGACGAUCUUGCCGGGAAGCUUCCGAGUGGCCUUCACUGGACACUCUUUGGGCGGGGCGCUCGCUACUCUCAGCGCUCUCGACCUGCAGGUGUCCUACGACCUCCCAUCACCAUCCAUUCGAGUCGUCACCUUUGGCUCGCCUCGAGUGGGCAACGCUGCAUUUGCCGCCUACUUCUGGCAGAAGGUUCCUGGAAGCACCCGCGUGACCAACUGGAAGGACCUUGUGCCGCACUUGCCGCCCGCAACCAUCGGUUACCACCACGUCGCCACUGAAGUGAGUUUUGUUUUUUAG